UCGCCGCGACUCGCAGGUGCUGUCGCUCGCGGGCAAUCCCAAACACACCACACACACCUCAUCAUCAUCAAACCCGACGCCCUCACGCUCCCUAAACACACGACUACCCUCCCACCCGUUCCGCCUGCUGUGCUUCAGCCUUUCUUUUUGUCAUCUCCCCACACUCAUUGCGAAACGACCGCCGACAUUGUGAUACCACCCGAGGAUCAGCUGGCACUUAAGCAUCCUGCACAGCCAAACCUUCUUUGCCCACCCUCUCGUCUAGUGCCCGCAGCUCGCGACGCCCAAGGGAUGCCCAUUGAGCGGUGACGAUGACAUCAAUGUCUUCAUCUGACCCGACUUCCUCAAGUCUGACGGACCCAAACAACUACCGUCUGUCUGACACCCACCAAAUGGCCGCCGCAGAGGUUCCAGCAGCAAUAUCCGCGCGGGCAUUGCCCGACCACGAGCCCGAAUCUGCGUCACCCAACGACACCACGCGCAGGAAACGAUUGUCCUUUUUUGGCCGACACAGCUCCGACGCGAACACGCGCAAGCAGCAGCCAAUGCAGCCUCUCCAAGCUUCAAUCUCUACAGCCAAAGGCGAAGUCGCGCGAUCGCAGAGCAGACAGGACGCGCCGAGCUCCCGACCGAUGACUGCUGGCAGCGAACAUGCGCGAAGGAAAACUUCCGACCAGAUUGAGAGCAUUCGAAAUUCCAUUUUCGGAGGGAGGAAGGGUUCUAUCUCGUCUCGACCGAAUGUCAAACGAUCGCGACAUAGCCACCAAAUCGAAUCGAAGAAGCCCAAUGUCGCAUUAAUCCCAUUCGCGUCGCCGCUGCAGGAGGAGUCGCCCAAGGCUGAAGCGAAGGGCAAUGCAGGCGCGCAGGACUUUAGGGACGAGAACGACUUCUACCAUCACCGCAAGAAGACUUCAAUCUCAUCGCCAUUCAACUUCCACCAUGUUGGCCACACGGAUCGUAAAAACCUCCCAAUGCGCCUCGAGACCGUCGAUGAGACGGCUUUCCAAAACAAGUUGCUCGAUUUUGACGCUCAAGGUCGCGCAUUGCAGCAAAAUCCCGGACGGCGUUCAAUGGGUCUUGCCAAAGCGCUUCCUGCACUUCCCCAAGCUCAGGCCAUUCCUUCCCGACACCGACCCAGCCCAAGCGUGGAUGAGACGACUUUCGACGAAACUGCCGAUACGAAAUUCAACAAUCUCGAUGAACACUUCAAUGCUCGACCCGCACUCAAAUCGCCUCCUCGACGAUCACCGCGCCACUCGGCGUCGUCGCCAAAUCUCCUUUCUCCAAGCGCAAGUAGCGCUGCACAUACAACGCCGCAUUUGCACUCCGAUACAUUCGACGAUGAGACUCGGCAAAGUCCGCCGAGCAAAGAGUCACCGCCAUCCGGUCAGCUUGCGCAGAUUCCGACACGCGGCAGACCCUUGGGACAAAGUUUCCGUGAAAAGCAACCCCUACCGCCCGUGCCAGGUCAAGCUGCCGCGACAGCCAUCGGCCAGCAACCUUCGAAGACAUCAGUCGCUUCCGACCGGCACAUCAUCGGACUGCAGUUCCCUGCACCACCUGGGGCAAAAAUCGAGUAUCCCGCAAGUAUUGCUUCUCACAAGAGCAAACGAUCGAGCAAAUCUGCAGCUCCCACAGUACAAAGCGCGUCUACGAGAGCAUUCUCCGAUAUUCCCGUCGGCCUAGACUGGGAAGAUGACAUUGACUGGGCCUUUGAGCAGGAAGCGGAAGCGACAUGCGACUUUGAUUGGGAGAAACAUGCCGCCAGCGAGUCAGAUGCGAAGGAGCAAUUGCCUGUACCCAGUCCCGAUGACGAGUCGCCAGAGACUGGUGGCAGCGGUGGCGUACGACUCUCUGGAUGGAUGAAUGAUCCAUCUGCACUUGAGAGUGACGCCAAGCAUAUUUCAACAUCAUCUACCCCAGGAACAUCGCCAUACAUGGAGGAUGGUCUCCCACAAAAUCACAAGCGUGGUUCCUCUGUUGGGCAUCGCGGCUUCUUGGCUGCCAGGAAUGCUUCCUCCGACAAGCUGACCAAGACUCCGCCAAUGUCGGUGGAGAUCAAGACUUCUGAGUCACCCUACGCAUCGCAGACCUACUUCCCAGCGUUCGACAGCAGUAUUCCCGAGUAUCUCAGCGACCCGGAAUCAACACGUGUGGGAGGCAGCAAACAUCGUAAGAGCUCCUCAUACGGCUCCUUUGAGUCGUCCGGUCGCUCUCUCCAGACAACUUCUGCAUCGGAAUCGACAAGGUGGUCUUCCGCCAGCACAUCUUCGAUCCCCGAUCUCCUGCACAGCUACAACACCAACCGCAAAAGCGUGAGGAAGAGCGCAGCCUCGGGAACCUUCCGCACUCUGGAAAGUGUGCCACAUAGCCCAGAUGAGAAAGAUGAGAGCAAGUCUUUCCCUGACUUUGAGGAACGACCGACUGUUACUGAUCGCGCAAUCAGUGACGGAAUCUUGAUGAGGAGACCUGCGACGCCUGGUGACCGAGCUUUGUUGUUCCAAAGUGGACGUGUUGUGCAGAGGGGACGUGCGAUCAAUCCUAGUCGAAUGCAAAUUCAGAGUCUGCCCGGUGAUGGGCAAGAAGGUGGAUGGAUUUGAGUUGUCAGCCUGGACUUUACUGUCAACCAUCUUUUUCAUUUGUAUGGGAAGGGAAUUAUGAUACUCAUGAUGAGGGGAAGAAUUGGGAAGGGAAGGGAAAGAGGAAAAGGAAAAACUUUGGAAAAGAAAGAAAUUGGACAGGACAUGUGUUAUGAUGUUAUGUGGCGAUAUCUGAGUGAGGAAAGGGAUUUAUGCUCAUAUGUUGUGCAGGCGAGGAGUAUAGGAGGAAUUGUAUCGAUUGCGGUGUCGAAAGAGAGAGAUGGGAACGAAACAGAGAGGCAGAUGUGUUUGUACUAUUUUGUACUGUUACUCUGUACGAGCUGUAAAAGGAGUGAAGAAAUUCAACCCAAUGUCGUUGAGAG